UCAAGCAAUACAUUUCUCUCUCUAGAUCUUCUUCCUUCCUUGUUGAGUAAUUUUUUUUCUCUCUCUCAUACUUAAUAUGACGAUCGAUACCAGUCUGUUAUCACCGGCGAGCUUGUCACCGGCAACAUGUGAGAGUCAUGUGAAAGCCCUUCAAUUCGUUGAAGACAUGACGAUAAACACUGACCCCGUCCAACAAAACGUGUUGGCCGAGAUUGUAAUCAAGAACGGCAACACCGAAUACCUCGAACGCUUCGGUGUAACCGACUUGGACACUUUCAAGUCCAACAUUCCGGUCGUUAGUUAUGAGGAUCUCCAGCCAUACAUCCAACGUAUCGCUAACGGAGAUCGCUCCCCUAUCUUCUGUUCUAGUCCCAUCUCCGAGUUCCUCACAAGCUCGGGGACAUCUGCAGGAGAAAGAAAACUGAUGCCUACUAUUCAUGAAGAGAUGGAUAGGAGGACCAAACUCUACAGUCUACUCAUGCCUGUCAUGAAUCGAUAUGUGCCGGACCUGGACAAGGGAAAAGGGUUAUACUUUUACUUCAUCAAAUCGGAAACAAAAACGCCCGGAGGAAUACCAGCCCGACCCGUACUCACCAGCUACUACAAAAGCGAGCACUUCAAGAACCGUCCCUACGACCCCUACAACGUUAUAACUAGCCCUAAUGAAACAAUCCUCUGUGUGGACUCUUUCCAGAGUAUGUAUUCUCAGAUGAUCUGUGGACUUCUCUCCCGCCUUAAAGUCCUCCGUUUGGGGGCCGUCUUUGCCUCCGGUCUCAUUCGUGCCAUCAAGUUCCUCCAGCUUCACUGGCGUCAGCUUGCGGCUGAUAUCUCAUCUGGAUCCCUUAACCCUAAAAUAACAGAUCCAGCUAUUGUGGCCUGCAUGGCUAAGAUUCUACAAAACCCUAAUCCCGAACUGGCUGAGUUUAUCGUUGGAGAAUGUCAAGGCGAGAAUUGGGAAGGUAUUAUCAAGAGGAUUUGGCCUAACGCUAAGUAUCUAGAAGUAAUCGUGACUGGAGCCAUGGCUCAGUACAUCCCCACGCUCGAGUUCUAUAGCGGCGGUCUUCCGAUGCCGUGUACUAUGUACGCGUCUUCGGAAUGUUACUUCGGUCUUAACCUUAACCCGAUGUCGAAACCGUCCGAGGUUUCGUACACCAUCAUGCCGAACAUGGGUUACUUCGAGUUUCUGCCGCAGGAUCCGUCUGCGGGUUCACUAUUGUGUGAGAACCCACCCAAGCUUGUCAAUUUGGCUGACGUCGAGGUUGGGAAAGAGUACGAGCUUAUCAUCAGCACCUACUCCGGUUUGUGCCGGUACCGAGUCGGCGACAUACUAUUGGUGACAGGGUUUUACAACUCGGCCCCGCAGUUCAAGUUCAUCAGGCGUAAGAACGUGCUACUCAGCAUUGACUCGGACAAGACAGACGAAUCGGAACUGCAAAAGGCGAUCGAGAACGCGUCCGAGUUACUGUCCGAGUUCAACACGAGCGUGGUCGAGUACACUAGCCAUGCUGAUACCACAACUAUCCCAGGUCAUUACGUAAUUUAUUGGGAACUUAUGGUGAAGGACCCAGUUAACUCACCGAGUGAUGACGUGUUGAACCAGUGUUGCCUAGCCAUGGAAGAGUCGUUGAACACUGUGUACCGACAGGGUCGUGUGGCUGAUAACUCGAUCGGACCCCUUGAGAUUCGGGUGGUGAAGAAUGGUACGUUUGAGGAGUUAAUGGACUAUGCUCUAUCGAGAGGAGCCUCGAUUAAUCAGUAUAAGGUACCUAGGUGUGUUACUUUCGCACCCAUCAUGGAGUUACUUGAUUCGCGAGUCGUGUCGACUCACUUUAGCCCUGGUUUGCCUCGGUGGACCCCUGACCGCCGACACUGAUCAUGACCCGAGUCAACUCAGUAUCCUAGAAAGAAAUGAUGACGUGAUCAGAUUCAGAUGUAGAAUAAAGAUGGCUGGCUACCGACCAAACAUGCUGAGGACUUGAAAAAGAAAAAGAUCUUUAAAUAUAUAAUCUUUGUUUGUUUCUAAUUAAGAUGCUUUAAGAAUGUAAGCUUUAAGAAGUUCUUGUGUUAAUCGUAUUAAUGAAUUAUGUUUCUUUAAUUAAUUUAAGUGGUUAUGAAAUUUUAA